GUCCGAGUUCACCUUUGUUGAGAUUUGUUUUGUGUUUUUCUGUUCACACAUUUUUACUUGUGGUCACCGAAGAAAAAAGUGUCUAAAUUUUUUUUUACCAAUCGAAUCAAAACUUUUCAUUUGAUAAACAAAAAAAUGUUGAUCAAAACUAUUAGCAGCAAUCUACGAUCGGUGAUUUCAUCACGAUAUGGACAAUUGUCUCAGCUACGAUCUAUGUCAUCUCAAGUGGAAAAUAUGGGUCUUGCUGAACCUAAACAUGGUCGUAAAGAAACCGAUGAACAAUUCGAUCAGCGUUACAUUCAAUAUUUCAGCCGACCAGAUAUUGAUAAUUGGGAAUUGAGAAAAGGUAUCAAUGAUCUACAUGGUAUGGAUUUGAUUCCUGAACCAUCGAUUAUUAUCGCUGCACUUGAAGCUGCACGUCGAUUGAAUGAUCAUUCGAUUUGUGUACGAUUUUUGGAAGCCUUACGAUGGAAAAGCCGUUUCGAUAAAAACAUUUAUCCAUAUUUGAUUCAAGAGAUUCGUCCAACAUUGGAUAAAUUGGGCAUCAGUACACCAGAAGAACUUGGCUAUCAUGAACCUGAAUUAGUGAUCGAGGAUUGUUUUGAUAAAUAAUUUUCAUUCAAAUGAUUGAUGAUUAAUUGUAAAAUGUAUUUCGCGCUUUUGUGUGCUUAAUCAUAAAAUAUAGCUUAUAUUCGUAAAUCAAA